ACGAAUACAAAAUUCAUCAGUACAUAAGACGAUAAGAUCCUUGAAUAAAAUAUUUAAAUCAUUUUCAUUAGGAUUUGAUGUGCAUACAUGAACAUGUCACGUUGUAAUAUGUCAUUAGAUGGUGUUACAAAUUGUCCAAUUUUAAAAACUCACUCCAGUAUUUUCGCUUAUUUACAGUUAACAAAAAUAUUGUAUUGCAAAAAUGAAAACAGUGUAACCAUUUCUCUAUAAGACGUGGAACAGUAUAGUUUCGUAUAUCUCAAAGUUUAAAAUUUGUUUACGUGAUGUCGGUGAUAAUCAAAUUUUUGAAAGGUGUUAGAAACCAUUGGAAAAAGUCUACACUUGGUGCAGUGUGUUUUGUUUAUGGUUGCAAUUACGCAAAAAAUGCUUAUGAUACGAAUCUUCUUAUGCGUGAAUAUUGUAUGAAAGCAUUAGAGUAUGGGAAAGAGCCGAUUUCGAAAGAUUCAAAACCUAGAAACAUAACUAUUAUCCUAAAUCCUAAUGCAAAUAAACGAAAAGCACAUAAAAGAUUUCAAAAACAUUGCGCCCCCAUAUUGUAUGUUGCUGGAAUAUGCGUGGACGUGAUUCAAACGGAAUCGGAGGGCCACGCUAAAAGAUUAAUGGAAGAGUUGAAAAAUACUGAUGCCAUUGUUGUUGCUGGUGGAGAUGGAACAUUAUCAGAAGUUGUUUCUGGAUUAAUGAGAAGAUUGGAAGAUGUACAGACAGAUGCAGUUCCACUAGGUAUCCUGCCUCUUGGUAGCCACAAUACUGUUGGAAAAACACUAUUUCCUGGUGAUGGUGACUUAAAAGAUGUAAAAAGUUUAGCUGAUGCUUCACUCGCUGUAGUUGAAGCAUGUACCAAACCUGUAGAUGUUAUGAAAAUUGAAGUUACUGAUAAGACUGAGAAUUCUGGAAAGCCAAUCUAUGCAGUGUCUUGCUUAGAAUGGGGUGCCUUUAGAGAUGCAGAAGCCAGAAAGGAUAAAUACUGGUAUUUUGGACCCUUAAGAAGUUACAUCACUUAUUUAGUUAAUGGAUUUAAAAAUGAUUUAAAUUGGGACUGCAAAGCAACAAUUAACUACACCUUGCCAUGUAAGGGAUGUUCAAAUUGUCAAGCCAAACCAAAUGAAAAUAGAAGAUGGUACCACAGAUUUAUGCCGUAUAAGGAACGCGUUGCUGAAUUAACGACCGUCGCAAACGACGAAUGCCAGGAAAUUCAUGAGAAGGAAAUAUCAACAGUGGAUUUUUCACUUUUCACCAGUAACAUAGUCGCUAACGUUGAUCAUGCGAAAAGUAACGAUGAACCUGCAAAACUUAGUUUAACCUUAGGCCCAAAAACUGUCGAUUAUACAAAUUUUGUGUCUCAGGGGUGGAAAUCGGAAAAAGGAUUCGGCAGAAAUUACAGUGAAGUAAUCGAAGCUAAACAGAUAGAAAUCAUUCCAAAGUCGAAUCAACAACAUGGGAAAGAAUUUUGGUACUCCAUUGACAAAGAAGAUUAUGAAGUGAAACCAAUUAAAAUUACGCUAAUGCCGAGGGCCUUACGGAUGUUCUGUAGAAAAUCUGAUAUUGAAUUAGUGCAAUAAGAACUUAUAUAACAUA